CGCUGAGGGCUGCGCGGAUCCGACUGAGCUGCGGCGGCGAUGAGACCAGGGCGGCCGCGGGCCGUGAGGUGUGUGUGGCUGCUUGAAGGACCAUGCUGCUGGCCUACCUGUGCCCAGGGAUCUUCACAUCCCCCCAAGACCUCUGACCAGCCCCAGCUGCUGCACUGACUGUGGGAGGCAGGCCUGGGAGCGAGGCUCUGCCUGUGGCUGCUCCCCUCCCACCCGGCACAGUGCCAGGAAGCUGGGACUUUGUCAUCCGGGUAAUUAGAGUCAGACCCUGGACUGUGGCUGGCCAAGUCUUGGGGCCGUGGCCCCGUGGGCUGAGCUGCUGAGGUACAGGCCGGCCUGGGGUGCCUUCCUCACUGUGCUGGGGCUGCUUGCCCCAGGCUGCCCGUUCCUGGUCAUAGCCUUGCCAGGGCCAAGGGCACUGAGCCUGGGCAAGGGGAUGCCCUCGCGAGUGCCUGUACAACCAGCCGCCCUGCCCCCCGAGCCCCCCACUCUGUGGGCAGGCGGCCCGUGCCAUGGCCGAGCACCUGGAGCUGCUGGCAGAGAUGCCCCUGGUGGGCAGGAUGAGCACACAGGAGCGGCUGAAGCACGCACAGAAGCGGCGAGCCCAGCAGGUGAAGAGGUGGGCCCAGGCGGAGAAGGAGGCCCUCGGCGGCAAGGGCCAGCUGCCGGCUAGCCCUGAGCCCCGGAAACAGGUCCUCUUCCCGCCCAGCGUGGCCCUUCUGGAGGCUGCUGCCCGGAAUGACUUGGAGGAAGUUCGCCAGUUCCUCAGCAGCGGGGUCAGCCCUGACCUGGCCAACGAGGACGGCCUGACGGCCCUACACCAGUGUUGCAUCGACGACUUCCGCGAGAUGGUGCAGCAGCUGCUAGACGCGGGGGCUGACGUCAACGCCCGGGACAGCGAGUGCUGGACACCCUUGCACGCUGCGGCCACCUGCGGCCACUUGCACCUGGUGGAGCUGCUCAUUGCCCGUGGUGCCGACCUUCUGGCAGUCAACACGGAUGGGAAUAUGCCCUAUGACCUGUGUGAGGAUGAGCAGACACUGGACUGUCUGGAGACGGCCAUGGCUGACCGCGGCAUCACCCAGGAAAGCAUUGAGGAGGCCCGGGCUGUGCCGGAGCGACGGGUACUGGAGGACGUUCGGGGCUUGUUGCAGGCAGGGGCUGGUCUCGAUGAGCCCCUGGACCAUGGGGCCACACUGCUGCACGUAGCGGCGGCCAAUGGCUUCGGUGAGGUAGCCGUCCUGCUGCUGGGGCACGGAGCCAGCCUGCGCACCCGGGACCGUGAUGGCUGGGAGCCACUGCAUGCUGCCGCCUACUGGGGCCAGGUGCAGCUAGUGGAGUUGCUGGUAGCACAUGGCGCUGACCUGAAUGCGAAGUCCCUGCUGGAUGAGACACCCCUUGAUGUGUGCGGGGACGAGGAGGUGCGGGCCAAGCUGCUGGAGCUGAAGCGCCAGCACGAAGCUCUACUGCGAGGCCAGGGCCGCCAACGCUCCCUGCUGCGCCGACGCACGUCCAGUGCCGGCAGUCGCGGGAAGGUGGUAAGAAGGGUGAGCCUGACGCAGCGUACUCACCUGUACCGAAAGGAGCAUGCCCAGGAGGCCAUGGUGUGGCGGCAGCCGGAGCCUGCUGAGGACGACGAGGACCGAUGGACGGAUGCCGAACUGCGGCCAGUGGCCUCUGAGGAUAACCUGGACCCGGUGUGGCCCCACAACGGCCGAGUGGGGGGCUCUUCUGGCGGCCACCUGUACUCCAAGCGACUGGACCGGAGCGUCUCCUAUCAGUUGGGCCCCCUGGAGAGCAGCACACUUGAGCCCCCGCUGCGGGACAAGGCCCACCACACGCUGGCCGAGCUGAAGCGCCAGCGGGCCGCUGCCAAGCUGCAGAGACUUCCAGCCGAAGGGCCCAAGGCUCUGGAACCUGGCUCAGCACCCGAAGCUGAUACACCCCAGCCCGACACCAGCUCUGGAACUGGCGGGGACCCACCCCUGCUCAGGCUCACAGCCCCCCUGGAAGAGGCCCCUGCGGAGAAGAGACCAUGCUGCCGGCUCAUGUGAGAGCUGCUGCUGCUCUCACUGCCACCCUGUGUGGCCGCGAGCCUUUGUGUGGGAAUUCUUGAUAAAGGGCUGU